AUGGAAUUGAUUGAUCUUAUUGGACUUCGAUAUUCAAGAGAGAGAGAUAUACCAUUGGGGGUCUGGCUCAAAGGAAUGAGCAAUCUACUCAUGUUGUUAUUCUAUAUGCUAUUUUAUCAUGUGGUUUCUGUUUUUGCAACAGUUUUAGCAUUGAUAUUUCCAGAGACAGCAUAUUUGAUCAAAAACAAAUGUGGUACCUUCUUCUGGGAUUUUGGACUCUACUUAAUGCGUUUAAACAAAGUCAAAAUUAAAGUAAUGGGAGACGAACUUAGUCCAAAUCCAGCAGUGGUUAUUAGCAAUCAUGCCUCAUUAGCAGACUGUUUUGUCCUCCAACAUUUGUCAAGACUAUCUACAAAAUCAGAAAAAGAUAUAAAAGAUAAACUCCCACGCAAGAGGGAGCUUAAAUUACCGAUUAUCAAUUAUUUCUCAUGGUUUCUAAUAUGGAGAGUUCCAACGAUCAAAAUAUUGACUCAUUUGUUGAAAACAGAUGAAAACUGGGAGCUAGAAGAAAGCUCAAUUCUAUAUGUCUUUGCGAAGUUGCUCAAGAGUAAAUUUUCUGAAUGGAUUGUGUUAUUCCCAGAAGUGAAUGUAUGGACCCUUGAAGGAUAUGAAUUACAACAACAAAUUGGCGAAAAGUAUUUCUUACCAAAAUUAGAGCAUUUACUCUACCCACGUUACUCGGCUUUCUACAAUACAAUCACCGCUUUGACCAAAUUCAAACCCCAUCCUUACUCCAAUUUGUACGAUUUGACUAUUUUGUACUGUCGUCGACAGGGUGAUGAAUUAAAUUAUCACCCACCUACAUUGUUUGAAAAUUUCUCAUCGAAAGAUCCUAUCACUGUGCUUGUUUAUGUCAAAGUGAGAUCGAUUGCUAGAAUUCCCAAUAGGAGAAAGAAAUUAGAAAGGUAUUUGGAACAUUUAUGGAAACACAAGGAUAAAAUUAUCACACAAAUCAAGGAAGAGAAUAACUUACACCAAAUUAGAAAUUUCAAUCGACACACUACUUUUAGUUCCUCCAUAUCUGGUGUGUGUUGA